AUGGCAGAGGACGAAGCGGUGAGUAUAAUUCAUUUAUUACAAUGCCUUUUUUAUGUAUAUACAAGCCUUAGUGCGGUUUUGAUGGGCUAUUGUUGUACCGUUUCCUCGGGACAUUUAGAUGUUUGAUCCAACAAUGAAAAAGAAGAAAAAGAAGAAGAAGAUUCCUAUAGAUCUUGACGCCCUUGAGGAGUCAAAUCCACCUUCUAACGUCGAUGAGAAAAGCGAAAAAACCACUGAGGGGGAUAAUCAAAUCAAAGACGCAACAGAUGAAAAAGAAGAAAAAGGUAUUUUAAUUUAGAUAGCGAUCAAAUUAAAGUAGUAAGCAAAGCCUAUAUACUCUCAUUCUGUAAAUUCUGUUGGAUCUAGAAGCUAAUAGUUUUGUACUCAUCAUGGAUAUUGGUGUCAUUGAUCAGGGUCGAUACGUUUGUUAUGUUCUCGAUUGGCCCUGAAUUAAGAGGAGGUGCCUAAACUUUGUCAUGCCAAACAAAUAAAUUAAAAAGCUCCUGGAGAAUUUAUUCCAUGAUGCAUUUUGCAGUGGGGGGAAGCUUGUGGGUAUAUCUUUGCCUUUCAUUUUAGGGUGUUUGCCUGAAAAUUAAUGGUUAACAUAAAUCUUAAUGUCAUAUUUUGUUACUCUGAACUGGUAUGCAUGAUUUGAUAUUUUAACAUUAAAAUUUUGAUUAGAGGAUGGAGCUUCAUGAAAUAUAUUAUGUAAAAAUAAUAUUACUUUUUGAUCCAUUCGCUUGAAAUGAAAUGAAUGAAUAAGGAUAAGAAACUGUCACUCGUCCACCCUUCUGAGACGAGUAGUUUUUGACUCAGAAGACUUAAAUUCAUGAAGCACUUGUCCAACCAGAUGAGCAAUACUUGAAGACACACACAUUCUGUUUUGCAGACAUACUGGAUCUAGAUGACUUUUCAGGAAUGAAAAAGAAGAAGAAGAAGAAAAAGAAACCGUACGACAUGGAAGCUCUUGAUGAUGCACUGCCAGUGAGUGUGCUAAAAAAAAAAUGAUUUGUAAUAAAGCUGAUGCAACAGUAAUAAUUUCAAUGCUACAAACAAGGAAGUAACGUUUUUGUUUUUUUUAGGUCAUACAGCCUUAUUUUAUUAUGGUUUUCUUUAUUUUUACAUACUUAGAAGUACUUGUUUUACUAAAACAAUUUAAAAUACAGUACAAGUAGACUGCAGUCCAAACCAGUCCUGUGUUAUUGCAAGUUAUGACUUGAACAUUUUGCCGUUAGGAUGUAUCCAAUGACAACAAGACAGACGAGACAACAGGUCAAGAUGGGGAAAAGGACACCGGUGGAGAUGCUGACAUAGACUUUGAUUUUUCCCAGAAGAAAAAGAAAAAAAAGAAGAAGGUGAGUGAAAAAAAUACUACUACUUGUACUACUAAUGGCGAUCAUUGUUACAACCUUUUAUUAUGUUAAGAUGAUGAUUUUUUGUUUGGAUUUGUCAAGGGAUUGCUUUUUGUAUAUAUCUGUUAAUCUUGUUUAAAUACUUUUUUACUGCACUUUUCACAAACAGGCAAAAGUUCAAAAGUUCAAAAGCCGCCUUCGCAAUUGCAUUUUUCGCUGUCGUCAAUCAUAAUUACUAUCACAAGCAACGAACCUUGAAACACAGAAACACACAAAACAGAUGGAAAUCCACCAAUCUCAAACCAGGACCUUUUGAACCCGUUAAAGAAAAGUUUUGUUUCCUAAGAGGUCCGUUAAGGUGAUUGACGGCAGGGAAAAACACAAUCGUCAGUUGGCUUUUGAACUUCAGAAUUUGCGUGUUUGUGAAAAGUGCAGUAAACUCAUCUAGUCAAUUGCCUGAACAUGAUAUGCUGUUUUAGUGAAAACUAAUAUUUUUAAAAGUAUCCUGCCUUAUCAAUGUUUAUUUCUCAAUCACACUUCUAAAGCAGCUUACCUAAGAGUGUGGCUUAUUAGCUAGUUUUAUUGUAAUAUUAUCACACAGGUCGUGGUUGAUGAAUCUGACAUGACUGACAAUACAGAUACCAAAGGAACACUAAAUGGUGCAGAUUCUGAUGGAGAUGAUGGUAAGUUCACUGUGUUAAUGGCUAUGCUCUCAUGUCCCUGGCAAUUUAAAUGCUAUGCACCUUGGAUAUGACAUGUUCUAGUGUGUGCCAAAAUAACUGACUUUCUAUGUGAUUGCCAUAGUGCUUGACGAGAAUUGCAUUCUGGACGAUGCACUUCUCAUAACGCAGGAAAGGUGACCAAUGUGCAAGUUACUUUUGAGAGGAAAUGCCAACAUGUACUCCUUAGAGAGGAGCUUAACAAGAAGGGACUGUAGUGUCCCUCCACAGAUUUAAGACUGUGACCGUUUAACACGUAAAUUAUUGCUUUUAUUCAGCUGAAUUCAUAGAUGACAAUGAUGACAAUGGUCCCGCAUGGAGUGAUAGAGAUUAUACGUAUGAAGAGGUACCUAUUCAUCUCGGUGCUUGCUUUGCAAGCCGUUUGUUUAUACUUGACUAAUAGUAAUCCACUGGUUCUAUUUUCUGCUCUGACGUACAAAUGUAUCAUAUCAUUUUGUUAAAUAAUAGGCAGGGCUCGAAAUUAAAAAAAUCCUCUGGUCGCCUUUUGGCGACCAACUGGAGAAAUAUAGUCGCCAGAUGCAAAUUUUUAGUCGCCAGUUCGUAUAAUGUAAAUGACGCAGCUCGUAGUCAGGGCUUCUGAUAUUUCGCGCCGUCGCAGAGCCGCGAAAUUCACAAAAACACGCAAAAUACCGCGAAAUUCGGUAGAAAUCUUAUCAAAUACAUGUCUGUACAACAUAUUUGAAACUUUUCUCAGCUAUUGGGGCUAUUUACUUGCCGUAAACUUGUAAACUUAUCUUGAAACUUCGUCACUGAAACGUGCAAACAACGUCCCUUAACUCCGAAACUACCAGGCGUUGAUUAUGUUGUGAAAAACUGGGCACUAGCCAUGAUGUUAGAGGCUUUGCCAUUGGUUCAGUUCUGGAGCGUAUUGUUGUUGAAAGAGCAAAUUAAUGAUGACUCUGUUAGAAAAACAUUAAAAACGCUGGUCCGGUCAGCGCAAAAACCGAUCGAUCUCUGACGAAGUUUUCCCGGAAAAUAACCACAAAAUCGGCCUUUUUUGACCGACUGAUUUUCGGCUAAGUUUGCCGCGAAAAUUCCUGCGAAAUCAGUCGAUUUUCCGCGAAUUUGCCCCUAAAAAUCCCGCGAAAUUUGACUUUUUUUAAGUGACCUAUCAGAAGCCCUGCAUAGUAUGGUGCGAUCCAUCAGAUUUGAAAAUAUCGUGGACAGAAGUCGGUAUAAACUUGGAGGUAAACUGGCUUUGUUUAUGCGAUUUGGCACAUGUUUUAUGAUGAAAGCGAAGCAGGAUAAGAUGAAAUGUUUGUUUGAACUUUAUUUUUUUAUUUUAAAUAUAAAUCAUAGAGAAAACUGGUCGCCACUUUGGCGACUAAACUUGAAUUUUUAGUCGCCAAGGAGAAAAUGUUAGUCGCAUUGGCGACCGUAUCAGUCGCAAUUUCGAGCCCUGAUAGGUGCAUUAAAAUUAGUUUAAUUACGUUGAUGAGAACACAUUUUUGUGGUAUCAUAGUGGGAUUUUAUCCACAGAAUCAACAACUACAUGAAGAGCUGUGAUAAAUUAUGCUAUAGCUCAUUUUGCAUAGUUUGUGUGAAGUUAAAAAGUGCAACAUAGUUAUGUGUAACUUUCACUUUUGCAUGUCAGCAUCUUUCUAUUUAAGGUAGAUUAUCAUCAAGGCAUUUGUAACCCAAGAACAAAUUUGUCAAGCUUAGUUUUUUAAUGUCCACAGUUAUUAACACGAGUGUUUGACAUAAUGCGAGCCAAAAAUCCGGAAAUGGUGACAGGGGAGAAGAAGAAGUUUGUCAUGAAACCUCCACAAGUGGUCAGGAUAGGUACAAAAAAGACGUCAUUCGCAAACUUCACAGAUAUCUGUAAAAUGUACGUUGAGAAAUUUUUCUCAGUUAUUUUUGUCAUUCAACCAUUAUUUUCACAGUAACAUCACUGUGAGUAGUCUUUUUGGCAGGCCAUAUUCUAGUCUUCAGCCAUCAAAAUUUAAAACUUCAUUUUCGCACCCUUGGUGGUUUACCCAUUAAUAAAACUGUCAAAUAGACAUCUUGGUAGCCUUUCAGUUUUUAUGAAGAAUUGAUAACUGUUUAUUACAGAACAUCAACAUUAUUUUUACCUCCUGAAAAACUGGCCAUGCCUAUGGGUGUGUGGAAUAAAGCACUAACUGACCUCUGAUUAACCACUUGAUUCUCUUUGCCUGGUAUAUAAUGUUAUAGUUAAUCAAUUGAUAAAUUGACAUUAGAUCAGUCACUUAGCGCCUUAUUCAAUGGGCCCCUUGUGUGCUCCAAAUUUCGGUUCUAAACUCUAACAGAAAAAAGGGGUCCAUUACCGACAAACUUAGUUAAAGGUUUAAAAUUAAUUAGUCUCACAGCAAGUGUCAUUACUAUUUUAAUGUAUGCUUGGUGGGAGUCCACUUUGGGCUUUAGGACAACAUGUUUCUUUUUGUGCUACAUUUUUUUUAUGGGGCAUAGCAUUUUAGGACCGCUGGUUCUCAAUAAUGCUUAGUUAGCAUUUUCAUAUGGUCACACCAUGAAAGACACAACAGUAAACUUGGACAUAGUCAUCAUUUUAACAAUGUCAUUUGUUACUUUGCAGUUUACAUAGACAACCAAAACAUCUUUUAGCUUUCCUGUUGGCAGAGUUAGGAACAAGGUAUGUGUUUUUUAAAUCGCAAGCAACAGACUUUUCAGGCUGUUUUGAAUAAAAGAGUGCGUCAAGGAUUCUUGAAUUUGUAACUCUUUGUAACCCUUUUAUCAUGUUCAUUUGCCUGUCAGGCAGUGGAAAGAAUAUUUCAUCUAAUAAAUUGACUAAGGGAUGAUUUUGUGUCUGUUCAUCAUUUAAUUUAAUUUAUUUGGAGGGGGGGUUGAAGACAGGGAAGAGGGUGUCUACUGUAGGUUUUUUUCCCACUUACACUGUACUUUGUUUUAACCUUUUUGCUGGCGAUGAUUAGAAAUGCCAUAAAUCCUCUAUUAAGUCCCCCAGGGGGCUUAUUUAUUUCAAACACAUUAGAGGGGGGGGGGGGGCUUACUAGAGAUGGCGGACUUAUUUAAUUCAGCUAAGAUAAUGUUAUCGGUUCUCCAUAAAGAACUGCAGUGGUACCUCGAUAUAAUGAAGGUCCUAGGAAUUGGAAAAAUGUGUUGGCUAUAAUGAGGUUUCAUUAUAUCAAGGUUACCCUUUUUCAUAUAUUUUACUAUGGUAAAGGAAGUCGUUCGUUAUACCGAGGACUUCGUUAUAUAGAGGUUCCCUAUAUCGAGGUUCUACUUUAGAAUGCAAAGUGGAAGAGCUCGAAUCAAGAGGUUGGAGAUCGUGAAGCCAAAGAUCCAAAAUUCCAGCUAGUAAUAAACCAUCCUGGAUUACUCCACAUGAAGUGUUACAGUUGUGAUUGAUUAAUACUGGAGUUAUUAGUGAAGAAUAAUAAGGGGGAGGGGAGGGAUGGCUUAAAAAGAGGGGGGCUUAUUGACUUUCUCCCUCUGAAAAGGGAGAGCUUAUUAGAGGGAGGGGGCUUAAUAGAGGAUUUAUAGAAUAAUAGAAUAGAAUGUAAGGCUAGUAUUAUGUGGAUUUGUAACUAAUAACUUUAUAUUAAAUUUUAAUUUGUAGUGGCUCCAUUGAUGGUAAUAACCAGCUCAUCAUCAAAGGACGUUUUCAGCAAAAACAGAUUGAAAAUGUGCUUAGAAGAUAUAUCAGUAAGUUGAUGCAUUUUGGAGGAUGGGAGUUUAAGUACUUGUCAUAAAUCACAGGGAGUUUGUAAUAGGUGCAAAUUGUACAAACCUCAACACCAAAUUGACUUUUAUUUGUAAGAAGGGCGGAGUGUUGGUGGAACUUUUGGAAGUACAUGUAGAGUCUUAACUAGCAUCCAACACAGCAUCACAACCAUGACCUGUAAUCAAAGAUUGAGUAUCAGUCAUGGUGAUGUGAGAUUUAAAUGUAUGUUUAGAUGAGCAAAGACAACUACAGAACCUGUAGACAGUGGAAGAGAAUGUGAAGACAGGUUCUUGUGAACACAUUUAAUUCUGGCCCUCUACAGAGGCUAAAAAAUAUUGUUCUAACAUGACUCCGGGCCUUAACGGCGCAAAUUGCAAGUUUUUCACGACUCUAGCCUAAGAAAACCAAUGGCAUUUCGUGACACCACCAAUGGAACCCUGCAAAAUUACGUCUGAAAAACAAGUGCAGAGAUUCCUUACUGAUGACGUGUUCCUACCCAUACCUAGGUUGUGCUUCUGAUUGGAUGAUGCAAAUUUACAAUCUAAAGCACUGCCCAGAUCUGGAUAGUGACACGUCAUCAGUGUGGAAUUUCUGCGCUUGUUUCUCAGACAUCAUUGACAAUUCCAAGAAGAGACUUGAGCACAAUUAAAACCAAACAAAAUAGAGAAAUAUGCCCAUAGGGAUCAUGUUAGAUUAAUGUAUCGAACAUGAAUUGAACAAAAUCACUCUGAGAAAAGGUGGGACUGGGGAGAAAGCCCUCUCUCCCCAGUUCUCUUCACAGUUUGUUUUAGUUUUUAGAUCCUGUAUUACUAAGCCUGCACUCAGCUGACUGCAAAACAAACUGAACACCUGCAGUCUAAAAAACCAUUUUAUUCACACUGUAACUUGCUUUCCCUCUUGUUUCUCUCCAACAGAGGAGUAUGUGACGUGUCACACGUGUCGUUCACCUGAUACCAUUCUUCAGAAAGAGACUAGGCUGUUUUUCAUUCAGUGUGAAACUUGUGGAUCAAGACGAUCAGUUGCUAGCAUCAAAUCAGGUUUCCAGGCCAUUACACAGAAGAGAGCUCAGCUUAAGAGUAAACAACAGUGAAGUCUAAUGUAUACCAUCUACUACUGCUAAAACUGGACAGUACCAUUCAUUUGGUUUACGGAUCUGGCAUUAAAAACAAUGAUGAAAAAAAGGGUCUUGUGUCUGCAUUACAGAUACAGUAUGAAAGCCAAGAUUGUAAAGAGAUUGUCUACAGAUGUUUUGAAAAACAUAAUCUAUCGUUUUUAAUGAAAACUGAACUUGCCAUCUAAAUACAAAAAAGGAUAAUUUCCCACUGUUAUUUCUUGCCGUCAUAAGUACAGUUGACUUGUAUCAAGUGAUCGUGUUAUCAGAGUUAGAACUCAAAGUAGACAAAAUACCUCAAGUUUCUCCAAAUAAAUUACCGUUAUCACAGCUGUUUUUGCAAGACAAAAUUGCUAAUCUGAUACAUAAGCCUAAUAAAAAAUGGUACUGCAUGUAAACAUUUUUAGUUGUCUCUCUCUUUCAAAACUUCACAAGUCUCUAUCAUUACUUUUUAGAACUAGCCUUGAUUUUUUUUGCGAUUUAAAAGAAAACUUGACUAAAGGUUAAGUACUAUCUGAGGUUUCCUUUUGGGUGGAAUUUUCAUGGUAUUAGGUUGUUCUACAAAAUCAUGUCAUUGUAACUUUGUAAACUUUGUUCAUCACUUGUUCUAUAAAUGAAUUUGGCUGAAUAGACUUAGCUUAUGCUGUAUAAUAACAAGUAAAUUUAUAUAAGUAUUUGCAUUGAAAUAUUAUGGCAAAAAUCGAUUUCCAAAUUGUGGUGAAUUGACUAAACUCUGGUGGCAACCAGUCGCACCAUCACAGCAUCACCAUGACAGCAGAUUAUUUUCUGGUUACAGUUAUCCUUGGUCUCAAGCUACAGUGUAACUGUUUGGCUUCAAUUUCCCCCAAAAUUCCAUUUUCCAUUUCUAUUUUUCCUAUCCUAUUGAACCACAACGUAACUAGUCAGCCAGGCUCUCAACAGCAUAGACAUUCAGGGCUGUGUUGUAACAGAGCUUAUUAGUCCCUGGUGCCCAAAUUUUGCCCUCUUAGGUUUUUCGUACAAAUCAAAUGCCAGGCACCCUAGAUUUUACGGUUUCAGAGUACUAGGCUCUCUUCAAUUUCCCUUAGAGCACAGCCUUGUAUUUCUUAUAAUAGCACCAAUGGCACAUCACGCUUGUGCUGUUUACUAACUACUGGUACCUUACUACAUUUGAUUUUCAUACAUUGAGGUAUAGAAAAGAGAAGUGUGAUGUCACAAAAAUGCAUUUUUGUGGAGUUAGGGGAUUAGUUAACAAAUUUAGAAAGAACAAGACGAAAAAAGUCCCCUUGCCAAAAAUCAUCCUGUAAGUGCAGAUUGGUGAAGAGAUAUAAGCACCCGUUUGCUCUGAUGACUGGAGCAUACUUUGCUUUUAUAUCCUCACCAAUUUGCACUACCAGGCUGUUUUUUAGCAAGUGACAAAUUUCAUCUUGUUCUUUCUGGAUAUUUUCACUGAUUUGUUCUUGGGAUGUCAUCACCUCUCUUGUCUGUUGACAGUGAUAUUUGGCAGUACUUAUUGUCUAAGAUUCAGUUACAUUAAUAAUUUAAUUUUAAACAAACUGAGUCGUUCCACAAUUUUUACAUCCUAUUAUUCACAACACCUAAUUUCCUCAAUUUUUGAACAUUUCAUGUAAUAAGGUAACUUCUGUAUAAUUAUUUACAUGAUAAAACAUGCAGGAAGAAAUAAAAAAGCACAAAAGUUAUUCUCCA